AUGGUUUCGAGACAUUACUCUGAAAAGAGUACUUUAGACAACACCACUGCUCCUCCCAAUGCUGCUGAAAGUAAUGAUCCAAAUCCCAGCACGGAGACAUCCACUCCUGAAGAUGCCCAUAUAAAGGCUCUUGCUGAAAAGGAUGCUCAGAUUGCACAGUUACAGGAUAUGUAUCGUCGCGCUCUGGCUGAUGCUGAAAAUGUCAGGCAACGUACCCGCAAAGAAAUUGACGAAAAACAGUCCUAUGCCAUUCAAAAGUUUGCAAAGGAGCUACUCAACACUGCUGAUAUUCUUACUAUGGCUCUUGAUUCGGUUCCUGCAGCUGAGCGCUCAGAAAAAUCCACCAAUUCACAUCUCAAGGAUUUGUAUACCGGAGUCUCCAUGACCCGUGUAGAGCUUCUCAAAACAUUCAAACAGUUUGGGGUCGAGUCUUAUAAUCCAGAUGGAGAAAAGUUUGAUCACAACCUACACCAGGCUUUAUUCCAGGCUUCUGUUCCAGGAAAAGAGCCUGGAGUUGUGUUUCAAGUAACAAAAGUGGGAUACAAGCUUCAUGAUCGUGUAUUGAGACCUGCCCAAGUGGGCGUUGUCCAAAGUGAAUGA